AUGCCCGAGGCAGGGCUGACCCUCUUAUCUCGCGAGCUCGCUGCGAUGUACCAGACAGGCCGAGGGUAUCUCAAUGGGCGAAUAACAGGCACAGCUGGCGGCAAGAUAGUGCUGCACGUCUCACCCAUGGCAGCCGUCCCACGCUCCAUUCUUGGAAUCGUGGCAAAUGGAGAUUGGAUCACCUGCAACGGUGAGAAUCAAGCGGGAGAAAUGUACUCAACACCUGGCCAAGCGGACAUUGAGCGGCAUUCAGACAGCUUGUACGGAGUAUAG